CUCUCCUGCUGGCUCUCACUCCUCAUUCUGCUUGGGAACAACAGAAAGCAGGAUGUGGCUUCGUCGUCCCGUGCUACUGAAGUGUCUGGAGUUGUGGUCCUACUUUCUCUGAGGACAAUGUAUGGAUUUUGCUGAAAACUAAAGGUGAAGAGUAUUCUAAGAAAGCUGGAGCCAGCGAAGUUUGCCAGAAUGCUGCAGGGAGGACGAGAGUGGAGCUGAGAAAGAGAGAGAAGAAAAAACAUCCCAAACAACAAACCUAGGUUUUCAGUCUUCCAUGAAGCGUACUAUGUUCCGGCAUUCUUUCUCAGAGCCACCAGAAGCAUUCCUGCCGGCAAAGGUAGAGCUGGUGGUGAGAAGCCACCGGGGAGUACAGAUUGCUUGAUUUUUUUUCUUCCACUUUCCUUUGUGGAGAGGCCUGGAGAGUCUUUGAGGGCCCCAAAGAUGAGUGCCAACAGCAGCGCGCUGGGUCAGCUCCUCUGGCGGGGGCCAGUGUGCAGUAGCUGGAAGCAGGAUAUGGAAGGUGCCGUCUACCACCUUGCCUGCUGCUUCUUGCUCAUGGGUUUCAUGGCAGGCAGUGGGGUGUACGGCUGCUUCUAUCUUUUCGGCAUCCUGGGCCCAGGCUACCUGUGCUGUGUGCUGUGGGGCUGGUUUGAUGCCUGCGGGCUGGACAUCGUCCUUUGGAACUUCCUGCUGACUGCGGCUUGCCUGCUUCAGCUGGCACAUCUGGUGUAUCGCCUCCGGGUGAAUACCCUCCCCGAGGAGUUCAACCUCCUCUACAAGACGCUGUGCCUGCCCCUGCAGGUGCCCCUGCAGGUCUACAAGGAAAUUGUCCACUGCUGCCACGAGCAGGUCUUGACACUGGCCACGGAGCAGACCUAUGCCGUGGAGGGUGAGACACCUAUCAACCGCCUGUCCCUGCUCCUCUCUGGCCGGGUUCGAGUGAGCCAGGAUGGGCAGUUUCUGCACUACAUCUUUCCGUACCAGUUCAUGGACUCUCCCGAAUGGGAAUCGUUGCAUCCUUCCGAGGAGGGGACCUUCCAGGUCACGCUGACUGCUGAGACCGAAUGUAGCUACAUUUCCUGGCCCCGGAAAAAUCUCCACCUUCUUCUGAACAGAGAGCGAUACAUCUCCCGCCUCUUCUCAGCCCUGCUGGGCUAUGACAUCUCCGAGAAGCUCUACACUCUCAAUGACAAGCUGUUCGCUAAGUUUGGGCUGCGCUUCGACAUCCGCCUCCCCAGUCUCUACCAUGUUCUGGGGUCCUCAGCCUCGGAUGGAGGACCCGAGUCUGAGAAGGAUGAGGAAGAAGUCUUUGAGGCCGCCUUGUCCCCUGCUCAGGCCAGGCCCAUCUGUAUCCUGCCAACACCCCCUUGCUCCCCACCUCCAGCUCCGACCAACUUCCCUGCAUCUUUGCCCCGGGCUAGGAUGCCCAGACCCGACAGUGGCCCCCUGGCUUUCGGAACUCUCCAGAACUCUUCUCAGGUUAUGUCCAGAGCACAGGCCCCUUUGGCUCCAACCCACACUCCUGAGCUUUAAGGAUCACAGAGACAAUGGCUUCGUUUCUAGAUGUCUCCCUUCCGUGUUCCCUGGAUGGCCACUUGUUCUCACAUCCCUCCUCUCAUCCGUCAGAAAGAUCUGGGGCAAGAUGGGGGAAACGGACAUGCCAUGCCAGCCCCACAACUGCGCCAAGGGUGACAGGAGGAAACUUGCCUUCAGGAACCUUCCUCACAGGAGUAGGGGCCAGAGACGUUGGCCUGACUCCAUCUUUUAUGGGCUGUAGGACCUUGGCUGGUUACAAAGCCUCUGAAGCUGGUCUGUCAAGCUAUGAGCUCACCUCACAGGGUUGCUGUGAGGAUCCAGCGAGGUGACUGGGUAGAGCACCUAUGACAUGGCAUGACCGCAAGCAGGCGCUCACUAAAGCACGCCACGCCUCUCCCAAUCUUGUUGUUUUACAUUGUCUGAAAGGAUCCAGUGACUUCCUCCCGUGGGUAUUUUUUGUUCCCAGAUAAGUUUCUAUUGAAAUAGAAAAUUUUAAAUCCUAAUAUUUUCUUCAACUUUUACGUUUAAAAUACAAAUAACCAUGUCCUGCUUAUGAAUCUAGUAUUAGAUGAUAGUUCUUAGAAACAGUUUAUAAAAUUAACCAAUUCAUUUUCCUUCCUUAAACAUUUAAAAGUGACUUACAAGUUGGAUCUAUUCUGCUCUCUUUUUAUCUGAUUAUUUAUUUUGAUUGAGACAGUAUCUGACUACCAUGCCUGAGAUGGGUCUUGAAUUGACAAUCCUGCUGCCUCCCUUUCCUGAAUGCUAGAACUACGGGUGGGCACCACCAUGCUUUGCUGAAUAUAUUCUACCUUGUUGUUCAUCGAGAAGUUCAGUGUGUAUUCUGCUUAUCUACUGCUGUGUAAAACCUAUUCCUAAUACAGUGCCUUAAAACUGUUGUAA